CACCUGGUUUCUUGUGCGAGUGGACGCUGAAAACAACAGAAAUUCAAGUCGCGAAAGAUUAUUUAUUUCAGUUUUUUUUUAGAUCGUUUUGAGUAAAAGUGAAUGUGAAUACAGGAGAAAUUUUCGCGUGUUUAACAGUUUUGUUCCACAAUCUGGAGCCAUGACGAAAGAAGAAACAAUGGGGAAGAGGUCAGUGGAAAACAAUGACAUUGAAACAAAACCAUUUGCUGAGGCUGGACCCGAUCCAUCAGCUCCAAUAACUCGGCGAGGAAUUCUUUUAUCGUUACUUACUGGCAAACCAAUGGAAAUACCAGAACAAGACGUUCUUGGCAAAUGUAGAUUUGUCUCGGAGUUUGAAAAGCUCAAUCGCAUAGGCGAGGGUACUUAUGGAAUCGUUUAUCGGGCAAGAGACACGAAAAGCGACAAAGUUGUGGCUCUCAAGAAAGUGCGAAUGGAACACGAGAAAGAUGGUUUGCCAGUGAGUGGAUUGCGGGAAAUCAGUGUUUUAUUGUCUUGUCGACACGAGAAUAUUGUUCACCUCAAGGAAGUUGUAGUCGGAAGGAGUCUCGAAAGCAUAUUUCUUGCAAUGGAAUAUUGCGAGCAAGAUUUAGCAAGUUUAUUGGACAAUAUGCAAGCACCUUUCUCAGAGAGUCAAGUUAAAUGUAUUGUGCUGCAAGUACUCAAAGGCCUCAGAUAUCUUCAUCAUAAUUUUAUUGUUCAUCGAGAUUUGAAAGUUUCCAAUUUACUUAUGACCGAUAAAGGAUGUGUCAAAAUUGCUGAUUUUGGUCUUGCAAGAUGGUUUGGAUUACCCCUCAAACCCAUGACACCGAGAGUCGUCACUUUGUGGUACCGAGCCCCAGAAUUAUUGCUACAAGCAAAAACUCAAACAACGUCUGUCGACAUGUGGGCAGCUGGAUGUAUAUUAGGUGAGCUGCUGGGUCACAAGCCUCUUUUACCAGGAAGAUCAGAAAUUGCUCAGCUCGAAUUGAUCGUCGAUCUUCUUGGAACUCCGAGCGAAGCAAUCUGGCCAGAAUUCAACUCGUUGCCAGCACUUCAAAAUUUCACUUUGAAGCAACAACCGUACAAUAAUCUUAAACAAAGAUUUCCUUGGCUGAGCGCUGCAGGAUUGAGGUUACUCAAUUUCCUAUUCAUGUAUGAUCCAAAGAAACGCGCCACAGCUGAAGAAUGUUUACAGAGCAGUUACUUCAAAGAGGCACCAUUACCAUGCGAUCCAAAGUUGAUGCCGACAUUUCCACAGCACAGAAACAUGAAAAAAUCGAAUCAACCGAAAGAAAAUCGAGAACAAGAGUCGUCGGUGGCUGAUCAGACAAAUAAUUUGCCAGCAAUAUCAGAUCUCUUUCAGAAUGAUCGACUGGUCGGAUCUUGGAAUAUUUGGCCUAACAUUACGACAAAAGAUUUCAUAUAAAUAUAAACUUGGAUCAUUAGUGAAGAAGAGACGAGUCGAAUAAUUCAUCGCACUCCCGGAUGUUUGUUGUGUCAAUUUUCACAGCGAUACUUCAGCUUCGAAAAAAUGUUUUUCAAUGUGCGGUAGCUCAUGAACUUAUUCCUGUGUCUGGUGUUAUUGUAUAAGCAAGAUGAACGUAUCGACAAGAAUACAAACACACAGUAUAACGAAAUAA